AUGCAUCACCACUCCUGCCUACUGUUACUCAUCAAUGGUAAUCCUACUCCUCUUAUCCUACCAAAAAGAGGCCUCAGACAAGGUGAUCCACUCUCACCCCUGCUGUUCACCCUCUGUAUGGAAUAUGGAACUAGAAUCCUUCAACAAGCUGCCAAUCUCCCAGGAUUUAAAUUUCACCCAAGAUGCAAAUCUCUCAGACUGAAUAACCUAUGGUUUGCAGAUGAUAUGCUUCUCUUUUGUAGGGGUGAUAUUGACUCAAUUACCAUGAUGAUCAGUAGUCUUAAACUCUUCUCAGACACCACAGGCUUGCAGAUUAGUGCGGAAAAGUCAGAAAUUUUUCUUGCAGGCAUGACAACAAGUGAACAAGAGAUGAUUGGUAAGUUCUCUGGCUUUAGGAUAGGCAAGCUCCCCUUCACUUACCUUGGGGUCCCAAUGGACACCAAGAAGAUCACUCCCAGGGAGUGUGAGGUUCUCAUUGACAAAAUGUGCAAGAGGAUUAAGCUAUGGAGCUCUCGGAACCUCUCUUACAGUGGUAGAUUACAAUUGGUAAAUUCUAUUCUUAUAUCCAUCUGUACGUACUGGUCUCAGAUUUUUAUUCUUCCUAAAACAGUCAUCACAAAAAUAAAUAGUGUGUGUCAACAUUUCCUUUGGCAUGGAGUUAGCGAUAGUACUAAACAUGGAAAUAUUGCUUGGGAAAAUCUAUGUCUUUCUAGAAAAGAGGGGGGUCUGAAUAUUAGGAAUAUCUGGUUAUGGAACAAGGCAGCUAUUGAGCAACAAUGGGAGGAUCACAGGCCUCCCAUCACUGCGAGUUGGGUGUGGAAAGGGAUAUGUAAAUUACGUGAAGAAAUCAUCUCCAUUGUUCACCAGCAGCCCAACACGCACUAUAGCAUCAAGGGUGUGUAUAAUCAGCUACAACCUACCGGAAUCAGUGUACCCUGGAGCAGACCUGUUUGGUGUAGGUUUUCUGUGCCUAAACAUCGUUUCAUCACUUGGCUAACUAUGAGAGGAAGGUUGCACACGAGAGACAGACUUCUUAAAUUCAAUUUGGUGGAUGAUGCUACUUGUGUCCUUUGUAAAACUGAUAUUGAAACUCAUGAUCACCUAUUCUUUAAUUGCUCUUCUACUGUUGUGAUUCUGAAACAGGUUAUGCAAUGGCUUGACUGCAAUUUUCAGACCCACUCGUUGCAACACCUUCUACAAAAAGGCUGGAACAUAAAGGGAGCAAGAUUGAAGAAGCUUACGGUGGUGGUGGCUAUUGCAGCCACGGUGUAUGCCAUCUGGAAACUCAGGAAUGAUAUAAUCUGGAGGCAAAAAGAAGCAACAGCCACAACACAGAUGGUUGGUCAUAUUAAAUGGAUUGUUAAGAAUAGAAUUCUCCAAUUAUGUAAUGAUGACAAUAGACAUAUAGAUUGGCACAAAGCCUUAUAUUCGGUGCCUAAGCAUCGAUUCAUCACUUGGCUAACUGUGAAAAGAAGAUUGUUCACAAGAGACAGACUUCUUAAUUUCAAUGUGGUGGAAGAUGCUACUUGUGUCUUUUGCAAAACUGAUACUGAAACUGAUGAUCACUUGUUCUUUAAUUGCAUUUGUAGCUCCGUGAUUCUGAAACAGGUUAUGAACUGGCUCGGGUAUAAUUUCCAGACAUACUCUUUGCAACACCUCCUUCAAAAAGGUUGGAACAUAAAAGGAAACAGAUUGAAGAAACGCACGGUUCUGGUGGCUAUCGCAGCCACGGUGUAUGCAGUUUGGAAACUUAGGAACGACAUAAUUUGGAGGCACAAAGAUGCAGCAGCCCCAAUACAGAUGGUUGACCAUAUUAAGUGGUCCGUAAAGAAUAGAAUGAUCCAAUUGUGUAAUGAUAACAAUAGACAUAUAGAUUGGCUGAAAGCUUUGUAA